CAAAAACCGAGGAAAAAUAAUAUACUAAGAUAUUCCGAUUUCGUUUCUGAGAUGAUUUUUGCUCCAAUGGAUAAGAUACUUAACAACCUCCCUCCCACACACUCCAUCCCCAAAACCCCUCCAAUUCCCAUCAAUUUUUUUGAGGCAAAACCCUUGAAUUUGUUCUCCCCCCUAAAUUAACAAACCCUAAUUUCUGCAUUUCGAUGUUUGCCGAUUUCAGUUGACUGAACUCUACAGAACUAAUGAGUCUACUAGCAGCAAUGAACUUACCGGCGAGUUUUGGCGGGAAUUUUGCUGUUCCCUUGUCGCAGUGCAAUUCUUGCGCCCACGUUCGGUUAUCUUAUCCGGCGAUUGCCGAUUGGAAGUUCAGCUCUCGCCACCUGUUGAGCGACGCGUUCAGGGGAAAUUUAAAGGUGGUUUGCAGAGCGAGUGAGGCGGAGACUGAACCGGAAAGUAAUAACGAGGAGGAAAGAGAAUUGAAUGGAGAAAAGGAGGGAUUCGUGCCGAGCGAUUCAGUCAACACGGAGCUGGGUUCUCAAAAUGUGGGUGACAGUCAAUCUGCGGAGUCGAGCGUUCUCGAGACUAAGAGCCUGGUAAACGAUGGUAGUGAUGAAAAAAACGAAGCCCAACCCAAACUUGAGGUUGUUAAUGAUGUUCCGGUCGCGAGUGGAUCGCCCCUCCCAGGUGUGAAGCGGCUGGAAUUUGAUGAAUCAAUCAGGAUUCCCAAGGAAACAAUUGAUAUUCUGAAGGAUCAAGUAUUUGGAUUCGAUACAUUCUUCGUGACCAGCCAAGAACCAUACGAAGGUGGGGUAUUAUUCAAGGGAAACUUACGGGGGCAAGCUGCAAAAAGUUACGAGAAAAUAGCAAGGAGAUUGAAAGAUCGAUUGGGAGAUCAAUUCAAAUUGUUCCUUCUAAUUAAUCCCGAUGAUGAUAAACCUGUAGCAGUUGUGGUGCCAAGGAAGGCCUUGCAACCAGACACCGCUGCUGUACCAGAAUGGUUUGCUGCGGGGGCUUUUGGAUUGGUCACCAUAUUCACCUUACUUCUUCGUAAUGUUCCUGCAUUACAGACAAAUCUAUUAUCAGUAAUCGACAAUGUUGACUUGUUAAAAGACGGGCUUUCCGGAGCUCUCGUGACUGCGCUUAUUCUAGGUGUACAUGAAAUCAGCCAUUUUCUAGUUGCAAAAGAAGCUGGAGUUAAGCUCGGUGUGCCAUAUUUUGUUCCUAGUUGGCAGAUAGGCUCGUUUGGUUCAAUAACAAGAAUUCUGAAUAUCGUACCAAAGCGUGAAGACCUACUUAAACUUGCAGCUGCUGGUCCAGUAGCCGGAUAUUCGUUAGGCUUUGUGCUUUUGCUCUUAGGGUUUGUCCUCCCUCCAUCUGAUCAGCUGGGCGUUGUUGUCGAUUCUUCUGUAUUUCACGAAUCCCUCCUCAUUGGUGGAAUAGCUAAGGUACUACUCGGAGAUGUUCUAAAAGAAGGAACCCCUUUAUCGGUAAAUCCACUGGUAAUAUGGGCAUGGGCUGGACUUCUUAUUAACGCUAUCAACAGUAUUCCAGCUGGAGAGCUUGACGGUGGCCGUAUUUCUUUUGCCAUAUGGGGAAGAAAGGUUUCGUCUCGAUUGACUGGUGUAUCGAUUGCGCUUCUUGGACUGUCGUCGUUGUUUAGUGACGUGUCAUUUUAUUGGGUGGUUCUGAUAUUCUUCUUACAAAGAGGACCGAUUGCACCGUUGUCUGAGGAGAUUAGUGAUCCUGAAGACAAGUAUAAAGCACUCGGGAUUGUUGUUUUGCUGAUAGGAUUGUUGGUCUGCUUACCAUAUCCGUUUCCUUUCUCUAGCGACGUUUUGAACAGUUUUUAGUGACAAGUUGGUAGUACAAAUACACACGCCCACCGGAAUUUUUUCAGUUGUGUCUGAGGCCGAUCGAAUGCAAUAAAAAUGUGUAAUUUUGUUUUCAGUUAAGUUUGAAACAUGUUUCAUGUGUGUAUUUCAUUCUUAUACGACUAAACGGGCUCUACCAUGGCCCGUGAUUUCACCCUUU